UUCCACUUCGACAAAUAUCUUUCAAGUUUCACUUUCUCUUUAAACUAAAGUCAAAAAGUCAAAAACACAAUAAUGGGAAAUGCACUCCGGUUUCUGUACGGCCAAUGCUGUUCUCCGCCACAAACCACCGCAGACGGCGCCGCCGGUGACGUUGUCCUUGGCUACCACGGCGUCUCUUCCUCCACCGUCGGCGUCUCCGCCCUUGCCCAACACCUCUACCACUUUGAAAUCACCUCACAGGUUCCUGAUGGGCUGAGUGCACAUGUGAUUUCAUCCAAGAAAGCUCAGUCAAACUGGUAUAAGAAGCUAUCAAAGGCUUGGAGAGAGUCAAAACCUCCACCAACUACACCUGAAGAAGCUUCUAGACUUGUACUUCACACCCUCCAGAGACACCAAGUACCUGAUGUUCAGGGAUUACUGUCAUUUUAUGGGCUUCCUAUUCCUUAUUCACUUGAUGAACUCUCGGCCGGUGAAGCUCCAUCCGUCGUGGAUGGCCUUAUGUUUGAGUUACACACUCUUCCUGUUGAUGGAAAGACGGUACCAGAUGGAGAUGGUGUAAAUGUGUAUGUUAAUACCACAGAUGUGCGGGAGUCGUCUCUCGUGCCCCAUGAGGUACAUAUGGCUGCGGUUGAGCGCAACCUAGCGCGUGCCCAAAGGAACUACGCUAUGGCAGACGCGCUACACAAGCAGAUUACUGAUGCGGGUUAUAAGGUGCUAAAUAUCAACGACGAGGAAAUUCUAGCACGAAAAUACCGGAUUAGACUAAGGGGAAUAGAUGCGCCUGAAAACCAGCAGCCGUAUGGGAAAGAGGCCAAAGACGAGCUCGUGAAGAUAGUUGAUGGCAAGUGUUUGAAAAUUCAAGUCUUUGACGAAGAUCAAUACGGGCGUUUUGUUGGAGACGUUUACUGCAAUGGCCUCUUCGUACAAAAACGAAUGUUGAAGAAAGGACUUGCAUGGCAUUACACUGCGUAUGACAAACGUCCACAGUUUGAGAAGUGGGAGAAAGAGGCCCGGGCUAAGGGAAUCGGGUUGUGGGCUUUACCGAACCCUGAAAUGCCAUGGGAAUGGAGAAGGAAUCAUCGCCAAAACAGAUUUUAAGCCCGGCAACACAGGUUUAAGAUGGUCUUGAUUAUCAAAGUGUUAAAAUUAGUUUACUCUGCAUAUGUAUGUUGUUUUGAUCAUACGUGCUUGUUCACUAAUGCUCGGUCUGGUAUUUGCAACACCGGUGUAAACUAUGUAAAAAUGUUUUUGGAUUUUUCGGUCUUGAUGAAGUGUAUGUAACAAAUGGUAGAUAUGGAACAAUGUUUUUGGUUUUUUCAGUCGUAA